AUGGAUGAGUGGGUUGGAAACAUAUCACUCUCAGCCGGAGAGCUUAUAGAAGAUAUACGCGUAGUGCUCGAUCCCGCUUUAUCGUCCCCCCACUCUACCCUCCCUAAUGACCUCGAAUAUGUCGCGAUAGUCGAUAUCUCCUAUCUACCAUUGUAUCUCGCCGUUGGACCAAGCCUCCGGGUCCACAGUGGCUCAGAAACCUCACAAGGCUGGUUCAAUGCGGCAAUAAAUCCCACAUCUGGUCCACCAAGCCACCCAGACCCCGAGCAUGAUGUGGAAGAAUCACUGGCAUGGAGCGUUUCCUCAUAUAAGCACGCGCAAUAUCCCCUAGGGAUCUUGACCCGGCCAAAAGGCUCGUCACCCGUAACAUGGAAUGGCCUCCACAUUACCGAACUACUCUUCUACGGUGUCCGCCUACCUGGCACCUCUCACCCCGCGGUCUUCGUCCAAGCCUACUCCUCCGACCUCCUCACUCGCAUUCCAGGCACAACCACGCCACCCCUCUCCACCACCGGCUCACCAACCCUAGUCGCCACUCCGGACGUUGACGACGAUCUCACCCCGCAGUUCCUCCCUCCGUUUGCCGCCGACGUCACGCAGCCUGACCUCGAGUCUCGGAAGCGGAAACACCUCGAAGACGUCUUCGAUUCCGCCAAGCAGCAGAACCGCAAGGCGCGACGGGCGAUCACCGAGGCUGUCCAAUGGGGGGGUUCGCACCCGAAUGUGAGCGAGCGGCGGCGGAUAUCGGUGCUGGAUGGGUGGGAGAAGGAGGCGACGGGGCAGGGGGAUACGCACGGUUGGUCGCAGAGCCAGUGUAGUACUCCAUUGCUGUCGCCGCAGAAACGGGGCAAGGGAUCUAGGACGGGCGCCGAGGAGGAGGGGGUAUUAGAGGGGAAGAAUAAGGAGUUGAUCUCAAGAGUGGUGAUGACGGGGUUGAGGAUGUAUGGGUAUGAGAAGCCCAAGAGGAAGAGUGGUGAUGUUACGGCAUGUGACGAUGGGACGAGAGAUCGGCAGGCACUUGAUGAAGAUGAAUAUAAAGGGCUGUAUCAUCAAGUGUACAAGGGUACUGUCUUUGCUUUGCGAAAUCAUAUUUCACGGACAUCACUACAUACCCAUACAGCAGUCAUCAGGGAUACUGUGGACAAGUUGCUGGCGAUAUUCAGCACUGAGCCACCGGAACUUCCACGAGACAAUGGUUAG